AUGAACAUGCAACGAUCUAUAUCAAUAAAUUCAAAUUCAUCACCACCUAUACUUGAAAAUUCAACAUCAUCAUUAAAUUUUACAACACCUAUUGCAACUCAACCAAUACCUAAAAAAUCACAACAAAUUAGAACUGAUAAACCAAGACCUCAUGUUUGUGCUGUUUGUACUAGAGCAUUUGCAAGAUUAGAACAUUUAAAAAGACAUGAAAGAGCUCAUACAAAUGAAAAACCUUAUCAAUGUGCAGCUUGUGGUAGAUGUUUUGCAAGAAGAGAUUUAGUUUUAAGACAUCAACAAAAAUUACAUACAAAUUUACCAAAUAUAAUGAGAAGAGGUUCAUCAAAAGAUCAAGAUAUAAAUGAACAUAUAAAUGUUUUACAUAAUAAUACAGAUGCAAAUGCUCCUUUACCAAAUGGUGUUAUGCCAAUACCUGAUGAACCAAUAGUUAAAAAUUCAUCAUCAAAAAAUACAACACCUCAAUUUAGAACAGCAUUAUUUGGUAGUGUUGGAGAGAAACAAGAAGAAAAUUCAACUCAACUGCCACAACCACAACCACAACCAACAAUGGGUGUAUCACCAAUAACAUCAUCAAAUUCUCCACGUCCAAGUAUUACGUUACAUAGUAGUACUCAUAGAAAUAGUGUUUCAUUUAAUCAACCAAAGGCUAUACCAAUGUCAAGACAAAAUUCUGUUAAAAUGAGUAGAAGAAAAUCUUCACAACAUCAAAUAAAACAAGAAUUAUCACCAGAAUCAGAUUCUCCAAGAAGGAAAAAAUCUUUAAUUCAAAAUAAUUCUAAUGCAAACUCAACUCCUUUAGAAUUUAGUACUAUACCAUCACAUUUAUUAAAUAAUUAUAGACAUGCAUCUUAUUCAGCAGCUUCUGGGAUUUCAUAUACUACUAUAAAGGAUGCUAUACAAAUUCAAGAAAAUAAUAUUAAUUUCACAGAUUCUGCACCUACUCAUGUUGAAUUUGGUACACCUCCAUUAGGUCCACAAAGUGAAGAUUAUCAUAAAAUUAUGGGAAUGACUGAUUUAAUGGAUUGGGGUAAUAUAGAUACAUUAGAUUUAGGUGAAGAUGAUAAAAAUGCAUUAAGACAAAAAUCUUUAAAAAAUUUACAUGAUUUUUUUACUGACGGUUUAAAGAAAGUAAAUAAUUUGAGUAAUAAUGAUAUACAACAAAGAAAUGGAUCAGUUUCAAUGCAACAAACUCAAAGUAUGCCACAACAUAGAAAUACCAUAUUUGAGAUUGAAGACUCUUUAGAUAAUCAAGCUUUUUCCAAUAAUUUACAACAAAAUUCGGGGAUACCUCCACCACCAUCAAUAAAUCAAAUACAACCACAACCAGCAAAACAGAAUCUACUGCCACAAUCAAAUCAAGGUUCAAUCUCAUCAGCUGGAAGUAUAGAUCCUCAACAAUUAAGUAAUAAAAUGAUAAAUUCAAAUAAAAGAUCAAGAUCAAGUAUGGAAAAUGGUGGUACACCACAAGGUAGUAGUGUUAAUGGAACAUCUAAUGAUAGUAGUGAUUGGAUUAAAGAUUUAGUUGGACAAUCAUUAGAUAUGAAUUUAAAUUUUAGUGCAAAUACAAGUUUUGAUGAUUUAAAAGGAUAUUUUCAAAAUAGUAAAAGUAUUGAAUCAAAGGGAAAUUUCCCCAAAAAGCAAGCUCAAGAUUUUAUGCAACAAUUAUUAGCAGGGUCUAAUCCUAAUAAUGGAGCAAUAAAUUUAGACACCAAUAUAAAUUAUUCAAUAGAAUUUCCAGCAAAUUUUUAUAGUAAUGAAUCAAGUUUAAUUGUUCAUGAAACAAGACAAAAAAUGUUAGAAAUGAGUAAUAUGAAUGAUAAUGAAUUUCCAAGUUUAGAAAAUUUAAAAUAUUAUACUCAACUUUAUGAAUUUGGUUUUAAUAAAUAUUUUUCUUUUAUUCAUUUACCUUCAUUAAAAAGUUUAAGAGGUCAAAAUUUUGAGAUUAUCCCAUUAUUAUCAGCUAUAGCAGCUAUUGGUUCAUUAUAUUCUUAUAAUAAUCAUGAUGCAUUAUUAUUAUUUAAUUUAUCAAAAUUUCAAAUUCAAAAUUUUUUUGAAAAAGAAUUAACUGCAGAUAAUUUACAAUUUAAAAAAAUUCCAUUAAUGGCUCAUCAAUGUCUUGUUUUACAUAUAAUGAUAUCUUUAUUUUUUAAUGAACCAAAUAUGAUUGAUAUAACUUCUAGACAAAUUAAAUCAAUGAUUAGAUUAAUUCAAUCAACUCAUUUUAAUGAACCUUUAGAACAUACUAUAAUUCCUCCUCCACAAGUUCCACAAGGUAUAACAACUGAUGAAACAAAACAAAUUAUACAACAUAAUUAUGAUUAUUUUAUAAUGGCUCAAUCAAGAAUUAGAACAUUACAUUUAUUUUAUAUUUUACAAAUCUUUAGAUCUUCAAUGACUGGUCAACCAAUAUUAUUUAGUUCAAAUCAAUUAAAAAAUGGUUCAAGUUGUAUUGAUGAUAAAUUAUGGUGGAGUUCAAGUGCAACGAGUUGGUAUGCAACAGUUUGUAAAACAAAUCCUCCAAAUUGGUCAAUUAUAGAAUUAAGUAAUGGUCAACUGGUUGAUUCAUUUACAAAUUAUUUAACAAAUCCUUAUUUAGCUCCACAUAUUCCUAUAAAGAACUUAUUAAUAUUUUUAUUAAAUAUUCAUGAACAAUUAGAAAAUGAACAAAAUCAAAUGAAUUUUAUAAAUUGGAAUCUUGAAAAAAGAUCAAAAUUUGAAAAAAUGAUAAAUAGUUGGGAAAUUUUAUUCAACAAGAAUUAUGGAUCAUUAUAUAUAACAACAGAAAAUAGAAAUGAAAUGAUUAGAACUCCAGAUUUAAAAUUAAUAAUCCCCCUUUAUAAUAUGUUAAAAUUAAAAUUUCAUAUAAAUUAUAACUCAAUUAUAACUUAUAUGUUACAAAAAAAUUAUAAUUUAAUGAAUAAAGAAUUAGAUUUAAUGGAUUAUAAAGAAUCAAAUUAUAAUGUAUUAAGUAAAAAUAUUUCAUCAUGUUGUGAAAUUUUAAAAGUUUGGAUUCAUACAACAGAAAUUAUAAGUUUUGAUGUUAGAGAAACAGCAGUUAGAACUCCUGUAUUUUUAUGUUGUACUAUAUUUAUAAGUAUAUUAAUUUUAGCUACAUAUCUUGAUUUUAUUGAACAACAAUGUAAUAGAAGAGAUGUUUCAAAUCAAGAAUUAUUAGAUUGGUUUAAAUGUUCCAAAAUAUUAAUUAGAAUUGAUAAAAUUUUAAAUACAAGUGUUAAAUCUGUUUAUUCAGAUGUUUUAACAAAAGAUAUGAAUGAUUUACAAAAUUUUCAAAUAACUGAAGAAUCUAUAAAGAAAUUAAAAAGCUUUAGUGAAGAAAGAUCUAUUUAUGAUGAUAAUAUAGCAAAAAAUUUAAAUUUAGAAUUUAAUAAAAAUCAAGUUAUAAAAUUAAAUAAAGAAAUUAAUAAUUUAAUUUUAAAUUUUAAUUUAUCAAGAAGAUAUUUUUAUAUUGGUAUUAGAAUAUUAGCUGAUGCGCCUGUUUGGCCUGCUUCAAUGGGAUUUGCUGAAGCUUUACAAUUUAGAGCAAGUUAUUUAAAUCAAAGAGGUACAACUUAUUAA